AUGUUGAGAACUUCGAAUACUUCACUUCUACAUGAAGUUUACACUGAUGAUGAUGAUGAUGAUGAUGAUGAUGAUGAUGAUGAUGAUGAUGAUGAUGAUGAUGAUGAUGAUGAUGAUGAUGAUGAUGAUGAUGAUGAUGAUGAUGAUGAUGAUGAUGAUGAUGAUGAUGAUGAUGAUGAUGAUGAUGAUGAUGAUGAUGAUGCAUUUACAUAUGUUCAUUUCGCACAAUCUUUUCUAUAUUCUCUUGGUAGUCGUAUUACGUCUUAUCCAUUCUAUAAUAUUUGA